CACAAGGACAUAAAUACGUUCACGACAUCGCACUAGGAGUUAGACCGAUAGAGCUCGCUAUAAAGCGUAGUGUAACGUGGUGAUUUGGUAUGGGUGAUUUGCGGGACGUGGUAGAGGCCGAUGGGGCACAAGUUGUUCAACCUCCCAUUACCCAGACAGCUCGAUAUGAACCGACAACUGAACCCCAAAACGACGCCGACAAGCUCAGGCAGAGACUGAACACAUAUGCAAGAUGGUCGAGCAAGAAGAGCGCGCUGCAGUUAGCAACGGCAGGAUUUAUCUUCACAGGUAUCACAGACAAGGUGGAAUGCCAGUCGUGUGGUAUUCGACUCUACAACUGGCAAGACGACGAGGAGCCUCUCCAAGCACACAAGAAAUAUGCUCCGGAUUGUGAAUUCAUGAUAAAAGAGUUUCCCCAGAUCAAAGCCCCGCCUAAACCCAAGAACAUCCUCAGUGUGAAAUACCCUCAAUACUCUGAUUAUGAAUCCCGCUUGAGGAGUUUUGACUCCUGGCCAGUGAAGUGUGUCGCCCAGAAACCCGAAAUGAUGGCCCGGUCAGGCUUUUUCUACAUAGGCUCGGCUGACCGGGCAAGGUGUUUCCACUGCGGUGUGACGCUGAGAGACUGGGACACCGACGACUACCCACCAUGUGCACACCGACAAUGGUCAGAAAACUGCCCGUACGUUCAACAGCUCGAUGUGGAUGGAAUGAAAAGAGAAAUUGAAGAAUGGGAAAGGAAUGAGAAAUUAAGAAUACAGUAUGAAAAUUCGACUUUUAUCGACUGUUCAAGCAAACGUAACAAUGUGAAUGUUAGUUUCUACGGUGCCGGGGAUAUCACAGUUGAUUGUGCUACAAGUGGUGCAGCGGCCAAUCCCCAAGUCCACUCCCAAGUUUCGGAUCCUUCUAAUGACGAUUUCGGAAAUAGCCCCACGAUACAAGCUGUCGUUGAAAUGGGCUACUCCCAUGAUAUGAUCAAGCAAGCCAUAGCCAUUAGAAGGAAGAAUGGAAAUGGAGAUUUUCCCGAUGCGGUCACUCUCUUUCAAGCAAUCAUGGAUAUCGAAGACGGAAGAUGAAAUCUACAUGAAACCAACGCCACGUUGCAUGUACCAUUGCAUGUACCACACCCAAGUGGUAGAGCGCGAGCUGGUCACGAGAGAAGAGGAUCAGAUGAGGGAUGACACAAGUUCCGGCAACCGAAUUUAAACUUGAACUUCGUUUAAUAAUUAAGAAUUAUUGUAUUAGAUUCAAGUUCACAUUUGGAAUCGAUCUUAGGUCUGAACAUUCCACUGAGCGUUUUUGUACACACCGUAUUCGACUCAAUUGGCACAUGUUCGAUGUGUUUUAAUAAGAUCUUAAUAAGUAAUAUAUUAUAACUCCUGAGUCCACUUUUGUCCGAGAGUAUAUGAUGACCCAAUAUUUAACAUAUUUCAAUCUGAUUCAGUAACUUAUGGAUAGUGAUCGUUUUCUAGUUAUCUUCUAACAUGGUGUUCACUGCUGUGAUAGCUGCUUAAACCAUACUAUACUAACUCCAACUCCAACCAACUGCUUUGUGGGCCAGUUGAGUCGAAUAGGGAAUGUUUUAUUCACCUGAUUUGUCCUUUAUUGACCACAACACUUCUGUGGAUUGUCAACAUUCUCACAUAAUCAAACAUUGAAUAGCUUAUUGGAGGAGGAUAGAAAAAAACUUGAGAGUUUAAAAUACCAAAUGUGUUCUAUUACCAAUGCAGUGUUGGUUUGUUCACAUUUCAAGCUAUUCAUAUGGAUCAGCUAGUUGUUUACUGACGAGGGGUUGUCAUGGAAACAGCUUGGUCGAUCUCGCAAAGCAAGAUCAGACUGACAAAUUUAAAUAUAAAUUACGUGGAACGACCACGUUCGUAAUACUUCAUCUGACGAUUAUAAGACGUCAUAACAUCACUUCGUCAAGACAAUAAAUUGACCACAAGUAAAUUCAAGCAUUUUGGGCCCUUAUCAGAAAAAAACCCAACUGUUCAUUUAAUAAAUCCUACCGCUCCACAGAUAUUAAAUGGAUACCCCCUAACCGUAUCAGUCUUGUUACAAAUGGUGCUUUCAAACUGUGAAUGCAGUUCAUGUAUCGGCAUUGUACAUAUGUAUAAAGUAGAAU